GGAAGGGCUUCUGUGCUCCCGGCAGCGACCGGAAGUAACCCCGUCCUCGGGCGGGAGGAUACGAGCUUAGCGGCGACGUCCGACGGCACAGCUGUUUCCCCGGCGAUGGCGGGGACGGCGCUGAAGAGGCUGAUGGCCGAGUACAAACAAUUAACACUGAAUCCUCCGGAAGGAAUUGUGGCAGGCCCCAUGAAUGAAGAGAAUUUUUUUGAAUGGGAGGCAUUGAUCAUGGGCCCAGAAGACACUUGCUUUGAGUUUGGUGUUUUUCCUGCCAUCCUGAGUUUCCCGCUUGAUUACCCAUUAAGUCCCCCAAAGAUGAGAUUUACCUGUGAGAUGUUUCAUCCCAACAUCUAUCCUGAUGGGAGAGUCUGCAUUUCCAUCCUCCAUGCUCCAGGCGACGACCCCAUGGGCUACGAGAGCAGUGCCGAGAGGUGGAGCCCCGUGCAGAGCGUGGAGAAGAUCCUCCUGUCGGUGGUGAGCAUGCUGGCAGAGCCCAACGACGAAAGUGGAGCUAACGUGGAUGCUUCCAAAAUGUGGCGGGAUGACCGAGAGCAGUUUUACAAGAUCGCCAAGCAGAUCGUGCAGAAGUCUCUGGGGCUCUAAGGCCUUGCCCGUGUGUGUGCACACGCACCACCAGGCAGUCUCCAGUGUUUCUCCUCCAGGACACUGAGCGACAGGGACACUCUGUGCUGGUACCAAAAAAGGAAAGCUUGUGGAACUGCAGCUCUGGUCUUCUUUUCCACCCCUCCCACCCCAAACGGGCUUCUCUUCUGAAAUUACAAUUCACGUAGGAUAAUGACAGUUGGAUGCAGCUUUAGAGUGUUCCAGCAAGGUGGUUCAGGUAGAUUGUCAAAGCUGUCACCACUACCUCUCCCAGCUGAAGCGCCUGCGAACCCAACAGUUAGUAGCUUCCCUUCCCUCCUGAGUGCUGAGGGGGUCUGUGCUGGCCUCCUCAGGACUGGAGCCCAGGCAAAGGGCAGGGCUGGGCGUCUGUGGUCCCUCUGGCUCCUGUGUGCCCCACGAGCAGUGCGCAGCUGUUUCAGUGUGUUGUCUUUUACAAGCAGGUGUUUUUGUUAUCUAGUUACAUCUUCUUCAUUUGUUGUGAAUUCAAACUAUCACACUUAAUAAUACUUUCAGGAAAUAAAUACUUUUUAAAAUGUGGAUGACUGAACAUUGGGGCACAUGGAGAAGCUCACUGCUACCACACAGACCAAUGAUCUUUCCUGAUCACAUUUAUCAAAGAUGACAGUCAUGCCUCAGUUACUAAUACAGGAAAAUAGGAGGCUGAAAGUUUUAGUCACAGUUUCUUCUGGAUCUAUAGGAGUUUACCUUUUCCAGUCUCAAAACCAGGGAGUUUUAGGCUUUUGCACAUUGUGGUUGCAGCAGGAACUUUGACUUAUUGGGACAAAAUUAUUCUUUGCAACUUGGAAGGGAUCUUUUGUUAGCGCAGAGCAGAGGCGUGCCUUAUCUCCAAACUUGACCUGCGCUCACUUGUGGAAGUGUGGCACGCGGGGUCCCAGGCCCCAGUGGACAUAAAUCACUUACGUGUGGAUUACAGUCAGUCUUCUCCAGUAUGGGCGGCUCAGCAGUACGAUGCCAGGGGCCAUUAUGAGCAAUAACAGAUCUGUUGCUUGCAGAAUCACACAUUCAGCCUAUUUCAAACAGGUUACAUUUAAAUAGGUAUUUCUAUUUUUAAAAUAAGGGACGGCCUUCAAGACAUAGAAUAGAUCUUUCCUUUGUCCCUUCCUCCCCUUUCAUGAUGUGUCUGGUGGGUAGGUGUGGUGUGUGUUGCACUGCCACCUCACACAUAAUUUCUUGGGUUAACAAAUACUGGCUAAAGGGGCUCCGUAUUGGGCUUCAUUGGAAACCAGAUUCUCUCCUCAGAAGGGCGCCUUUUGAGAUUUGGAAUUAGUACAAGGACUUGUAUUUGGAAGGGAGGGAAAGAGGUGUUGCACCUAAACAGUAUUUGUAGGCUCAUUUGCAGGAGGCCGAGCCUUUUCCACAGAGAGGGAAAGUGUGUGGGGAUGUGAUCUGUGGACACGGCUGGAGCGUGGGCAUUGCAGCCACUUUAGCAGGUGGCCACGGGGGCUUCCAAGAAAUCUGGAGAAAGAAGAGAGAUGGUCUCUUUGCAAAACAAAGUAUUUUUAUUAAUUUGUAUUUAUUAAAUGGAAAGAGAAUCCCCUGGUUAAAAAUAAAGUUAUAUAUUUUCCCCA